GCAAACCAAAACGAUAUCCGAGACUAUGUGAAUUACUGCAUCAAUACUAAUUCUCGUCUGAAAAGGUUCUGCGAUUUGAGUUCGGAGCUUAGACAGGAGAUCCUAAGUAUCAUAAUCGAGCAGUCAGGGGGGAUGUUCCUCCUUGUCAAAUUGCACAUGGAAUCUCUCGAAACCGACGACGUGAUCACUCUCUUCGAUGUUCGGACUAAACUCGCUAGUUUUAACAACAAUCUCACAGACAAGUACCAGGACAUGAUGGAUCGAAUCGGCAAACAAACGCUACUGCGUCAGGAGAUAGCGAUUAGUACACUGGCGUGGAUCACGUACGCUCAGCGUCCUUUAACCGUGGAUGAACUACGGCAUGCCCUCGCCGUAGAUCUGAAAGACGGCUUCUUCAAGCCGGAAAAGCAACCUCUCUCCGACGACAUUACGGCGUUUUGCUGUGGGAUGGUCAUAGUGGAGAAAAACUUUCUCCAAUUUGUACACAAUACCGCGGCUGAGUUCAUGCAAGGGUUGAAACAAACGGACGAACGCUUCGCCAACUUUGACACCACUAUCUCUCGCGUCUGUGCUGCUUACCUGUGUAUCCCUGAGCUUGAACAGCCUGACGACACUGUCAAUAAUAUGUCCUAUGCUACUGACCUGCAUGGAUGGUCACCAGAGAUGUAUGAUGAUAGAGAGAUGUUUAUGAUACAGAGCGGCAAGUCCACCAAACAUCUCGGAAACAGAAGGACACCAGAGAAACUUACAUUCACAACCAAACUCCGAAUAUAUCCAUUGGUUGAAUAUGCUGCAAAGUACCUGGGCCACCACCUUCGAGCCAUGUCGGACGUAAACCUCGUUGCUGCAAACGAUGCCUUGAACAAGACCGCCACUAUCCUCGAAGAGAGACCCAAGCGCAAAUUCUAUGAACGACUGCUGAACGAGGCGGAGUCGUACCCACCUCAAGCCUUAUUACAAGGAAUGUUUUCUUUCUUCAGGGCCGAGUCUGAGUCUGAGUUCAGGUUUGAGUCCGAGUUGGAGUGGGAGUCUGACCUUGACGGUGAUCUUGAACCUGAACUCGAUAUAGAUAACUCGUCUUUGCCUAGUGAUGGCAGUGAGCAUGACCCUUUAAUGACCCAACCAUGUGUCAAUUCUAGGGCACGCUCUAUUUCCCCUAAUGUCGAAACGGCUAACUCGGAGGAGCCAGCAGGUCGAGAGGUGACUUCUCUCCACCUUGCCGCUCACCUCGGCGUUCCACAUCUAGUAAAGAAACUUCUCUCGGAUUCAUCUCUAAUCUAUGUAAAGGACUUUGAUGGCUGCACCCCGCUUUCUAUCGCUCUCGCAGCAUGUCACAUCGACACGGCUCUCGUGAUUCUUGAAGCUGGUGCAACGCUGGAUCUCUUUUCGACUGAAGGAUGUCAGCUGCUGCUCAUUGCUGCUCAAUCAAACUCUUCAGCUGGCGCCGUGGUACGCCGUAUCCUCAAAGAAGCUCUCCUGAUCCGUGGCCAAGGAGGGAAUUUCAUAGUCGAAUUCCUUAUCUGGUUGUGGCGCUUCAGCGCCACUAAGGCACUGUAUUACUCAGCUCAAGUUGCGAGAAAAUGCCAAAAGGGAUGGGCGAGACUGACCCGAAGGUGGCCUAAAGAACUGAGUCGUUUGGAAAGAACACUACAAACAGCUCGAAGUCAUACUUCGACCGAACCGGCACCAUUCACUGCAAAAAGGAGGUCAAUCACCUUCGUAGACUUGCCAGCCGAAAACGGAGCGACUGGGCUUGUCUCGGCUCAGACUUCCCAUACAUCGCGGGCGAGACGGGUGGCGAGGACAUACAGUGAGGCGGUUCUACCUCCUGGUGAAUAUAAGAAGCGAAAUUACUUGAAAUUGGUGACAGCGGCCUUCAAGAAUGAUAUAGCGACUAUGAAGAGCCUAAUCGAGACAAAACAAGUAACUCUAUGCAAAAGUGAGGAAACCCGGGGCUACCAUUCAUUGCUCGUUAACUUAGCUCUGUUCCUGGCCGUGGAGCGUAAAGAGAUCGAUGGAGUGAAGCUUUUAGUGGAGGGAGGAGUCGAUGUUGAUUCUCGCGACUAUGAUUUCCGUACACCACUACACCGCGCUGUCGCACGACGAAAAACCAAACUAGUCAAGUUCUUGCUGGAAAAGAAGGCGAAUGUAAAUGCCAAAGAUCUGAAAGGAGAUACCCCGUGGGUACUAGCUAUUUUGAAUAAGGACAUGGAUAUGUCGAAACUACUGAUUCAACACGGAGCAGACGUGAAUACCCAGGGCCCAGAUGGGGACAACAUGCUUUACAAGGCGGCAGCUUGUGGGAAUACCAACGAGGUGCGAUUUCUUCUUAGCCAAGGGGUAAACCCUUCAAUGACUACGGACUUUUUCUGGGCGCCUCUCCAUUGGGCGGCGGCAAAUGGACAUAUCGAGUGCGUUAAGUUGCUUUUAGAGGCCAGAGCUGAGGUGUCACCGGUGAGCGACACAUUUAAGACGCCUUUAGACUUGGUCAUCGAACGCGAGAAAGUCGAAAUUGAACAGCUGCUGAGGAGCAAGGGCGCUAAAUGUGGCAGUGAAAUUCAAGAGGAAAGGGGCGGAUCAAGAUAUUCAUACUAGGAUAUACCGGGAGUGAAAAUGGAGAUGAGGAUGAAGAUUACUAACCUAUGAGUGGAAGUAGGUAAUGUUAGGUCGUCUCAAGGAGUGAUGAUUAAGACAAAGUUAGCUCGGAGACUUUGAUGGAACGUUAGUCUGAUAAAUCGGAUGAAAUGGAAGCUGUUACUUCCUGCGGCAGGUAAUACUGGGUAACGCCGUCGGUCCGGGCGGAGCCGAAUAAUCCGCCCGACCAAUCAAAUCUAGCAAAAUCGCCCAGAUCGCGUCAUAUCCAU